GCCCGGAUAACCAUGCUGCGCCACGGACGCUGUCGAUCUGACAACUUCAAGUUAAUCAAGCUCUCUUGGCUGCUCUGGUUCCUCUACAAGGCUUAGUGUCCCGGGCCAUGAGGUUAGGCGUCCAGGCAUCAGCCUCCACCAAUCAGCAUGUUCCGCCAGCCGCUCCGAACUCCUUGCCUAAUUAGGAAAUCGUUGCGCUGCUGAGCUGCUUUCUCGGGGCAUCAGUACAAAAGGCAGUCAGAUCUAUGGAUCAAUUUGAUUCCCAUUCCUCAACUCCCUCACAGGACUUCUGAUAAUCUUUAACCUACAUUUUACCAACAUGUCACAAGGUCCCGUUGGAAAACUGAUCCACGGGGUCACCUCGAGUAUUGGCCUCGCAUCCGAAGUCCACGGAUAUAGAAAGGCGAAGAAGGCAGCCAGAAAAGAGCGAGAACUCGAGCAGCAGCAGCAACAGCAACCCCAAGAGCUAUCGGUCUCCCCCUCUCAGUCUCCGCCUCGGUCUCCCGCUCGAUCUCCCCCUCCAUACGCGGCAUCUCCCGAGGAGCAGGACGGAACGAGAGCAGAAGGCCCCACCGUGGACCAGGGAGUCGAGCGCACAUGGCAACUCGAUGAAGCCCAAGAUGCCAUAGUCGAAAAGACGAAGCCUCGCAAAAGCAAAAGUGGAGUCGCCAACCCGGACAAAGUUCUUGCCGCCUUUCUCCAACGCCGGCCGCCCCCGGAGACAUUGCCAGACAGCAUGUAUCCGGGACCCCGACUCACUUAUCCCGUUGCAAUUCCCCAGCGCCGUCCCAAAGACAAGUCGCGCGGGUUUGUCCGCGCGUACGCCCCAGAGUUGCAAAACAUGAGGGUGGACCAAGAGACCUGGUUGGAUUUCAUCGAGACGUUCAACGAAGCCAUUCUGGCGAAUCCAUGGAUCAACGCGCUGAAUUUGGCGUCCCUUGCAGCUGCACCGUUGCCGUCGCUAAUCUCCACUGCAAUUUCGACGGCGAUUAUGGUUGCGACGACGGUGGCGAUUGAGACCCAGGGCCGCUAUCGACAAAACAAAGCUCUCGACAGACUCAACGACGAAUUCUUCCGUCCUCGCGGCCUCUACUGCCUCGUCAUGACAUGGGACCCGACGUCUUCCAGCGCCCGCACCAACCUCGACAUUAACACCACCAUCCAAAACACGAUGGACAGCCAGGGCAAAAUGUCCCACAAAUUCCAGACUUCGAACGGGGUGACCAACGGAAUGGAAUCCAUGCAGACCGCCCAACUCAUCUUCCCGGAUCUCGACUUUCUCGCCACGGCCACAAAGGACGAGGAGAAGGGUUUCAAGAAGAAGCUGGGGCGCGGCAAGGACUUUAUCGAUGAUUACAACGAUCGGAGGGCGCAAGCAAAGUUUUACGCCGAGAACCCGACAAGCUAUCUCAACCAAGCUGGAAAACCGAAAUUCCUUUCCAAGUACGGUGAUCCGACGCAUCCCAUGCACAACGGGUUAUCUGGAGGCAUUCUGGGAGGAAAUCAGCAGGGCCGUGGCUUUGGCCGCGGGGGCGGCCUGGGCGGCAUGGGCAUGGAUCGAGGAAUCGGAGGUGGUGGUCUUCUCGGGCUGGUCAGUCUGGCCACCCAGGCGGUUAGUGAUCAUAGACAACGAAACGCCACCAACCGUGGGAAUCCACACGCACCGUAUGGGGAUUCUCCGAGGCCUUAUGGAGAACGCGAACAGCAAUGCCAGCAAGCCAGGGGUGCUAAUUCGGGGUACUAUGAUGAACGCGGACAGCAGCACUAUCAGCAGCAAUAUGAGCAACAACACUACCAGCAACAGCCAUAUCAGCAACCGCAACAACAAUACCAACAAACCAACUUUCGUGCAGGGACAGGUGCAGGUGCAGGGGGUCUCAGCCUGAGCAAGCUAUUCAGUGCGAAAGUUCUUUACCUCAUGGUCGUCAACAUGCCGACAGAAGAAGAGAUGGCUCAAGCGCAACGGUUGACUGCGGGCUGGAAUCUCGAGGGUCAGCAGCAACGGUAUUGAGUAUAGUGAUGCGGUGCGGUCGAGUUGGAUUCAUACACUAUACUAUCUACAUGGCGAUCUUUCGGUUACUUGUUCUUGAGCGCAUUAUCCGUGGUGAUUUGGUAGCGUUGUAUAUAUCUGCUUGGCUAUAAUAAAUGUCUAC